GUGAAGACCAUUUUAUUUUUCCCGAAAUCUGAAGAGAUGAGCGAGUCCGAAACGGAUUCUGACUGUCCGAUGGACAUUGAGGCGGCGGCCGAAGCAGCUAUGAAUGGCCUUCUUUCCGAGAAAUCGAAGGCGCUGUAUGAAGCAGCCUACAAAACAUUUCAAGAUUGGCAGGCCAAGAAUCGGGUUCAAGCCACGGAUGAAAAGUGCUUGCUGGCCUAUUUUUCUCAAGAGCUGAAGGACAAGAGCCCGCCGACGAAGUGGAGCCUAUACUCCAUGUUGAGAACUAUGAUCAACGUGAAAAUAGGCAUUGACAUUUCCGGUUUCAUGAACUUGAAAUCGUUCCUGAAACGGAAGUCGGAUGGUUAUCGCCCGAAAAAGACAAAAAUCUUCACUAAGGAACACAUUUUCAAGUUCUUGAAGGAAGCCGAAGACUCCGUUCAUUUGGCUACAAAGGUUGCGCUCAUCAUUGGAGUGUACGGUGCUUGUUGGCGGGAAAAAAUCAUGAAACUCUCUCUGGACGAUAUUGAAGACCUGAAGGACAGCAUCAAGAUCACCAUCCCUAACACAAAGACGAAAAUCAUGCGUCAGUUCAUCGUUACGAAAGGUGAAGCCCCUGGUGUGGACAUGGUGAAACUCUUCCGGUUGUAUGCUGAAAAACGUGCUGCCGGUACAGGUCACUCCAGAUUUUUUGUUUCGUACCGCUUUGGAAAGUGUACAAAACAGGCCAUGGGGAUCAACACUAUUGCAAAACUGCCGAGAAUCAUCGCCGAGCACCUGAAGCUUCCGUCACCGGAGCUGUACACUGGACACUGUUUCCGGCGGUCUUCUGCCUCACUGCUGGCCGAUUCAGGAGUCGAUAUUUCCGUUCUGAAGAGACACGGUGGUUGGAAGUCAUCAUCAGUCGCUGAGGAAAUGUUGAAAAUUCUUUGCAACAAAAGAAAUCAAUGUUUCUGAACCCUCAUCGCGACAUCCAGUAAGAAUGUACCAGAGCGUCAAGCAGAAUCAAUUACGGUUAAUUCUACACUCCCUGAUACGCCUUCUACCAUCAGCUUUCCCAUGCCUUCUUCGUCUUCCGCCCACAAACCAGUUCAGUUCAAUAAUGUGACGAACUGCACUGUUAAUUUCUACCAAACUAAGUAAUCUUACCGAAUAAAAAUA